UUUAUAAAUAAAACCGAACAUGGAAAUUGAAAAUUCAAAACAAGUUGUUGAAUCAACCAAAUUGCAGGCUCAUGGACUGCAUAAGCCAAUGUUUGCCAAAUCUGGUGAUAAGUUAAUGACCACCUACGUGAAAAACAAAAAUAUUAUCGAACAAAAUAAGAAAAAAUGCACAAGUAAGCUACCAAGGUUUGUAAGAAAUUCUUCCUUCUACAGAACUAACAAGAAUCUUUGCAAACAAAACGGAAAAGAUAAUGCAGGUGACAUUAUUAUCGGUACCAAUAAACGGUCGAACCGAAUACAAAAACCAAAAAGUAAUGAACCACACAAGCAGAAACCGAGCGGUAUUCCUCGACGCAAGGAUAUAAAUGAAGAAUCAAUAACAGAUAACGCAAGCUUGAAAAAACAAUCUGAACAUCUUUUCGAAGCUAAGAAUAUACAAAGAAUUCAAAUGCUAAUCAAUGCCGAUUUAUGUCCCGAAGAUCGGACUCAGGCAACAUCUGUAGUGUCAGCGAAACCUAUACCGACGUUAGGACAGAUAUAUAGACCGGACAGUUUGAUAGAGACUGAUCGUUUUCACGACUGGUUCAUGUCAUUGAACACGCCCUUAAAUUCCUUUGAAUUUAAUCCAGCAAUACAAUUAAGGCACUCCAUUGAUAGCGAUCACAGAGAGUCACCCCUCUGUGAUGUCGAAAUUGAUACAAGCUAUGAUGAUUCAACACUCGUGGUAGAUCGAAUUAAUUUAAUCCAACAAAUCUACAAAACCACAAACGAAAGCGUCAAAGAAUGGAUCACCUCGGAUGUUGAAUGUUUAGGAGUGGACAAUGAAUCGGGAUAUCGCUCAUCGAGCCCCGAAAACCUGCGCCGUGCUAUUAUUAUCAACUCGAAACAAACUGCUCCAUCUGUUAAAAGUACGCAUGAGAAUAAUGAGAUAAAUGUUACCAAAAAGACGAGCGUAAAAUUUUCCAAUGAUUCUAAUGAUAUCGAAAAAGAAGGAAUAGUAAAAAAGGAAGAAUGUUUGGCCGACAGCAGUAAGAUUAAUGAAAUAAAUACAGAGUUCGGGACCAAACAAUUCAGGUUGUCUAAAGAUAGUACGUAUCAACUGUUCGAACAUGAGGAAUAUAUUCUAAAAGUAAAAGAACUUAAUGACCAAGAUAGAGAAUGUCGCAAAGAAAAUAUAUCUUAUAUCGAAUGUCCAUCAGAGAUACUGCAAAAGACAAUUAAUUUCGAAGGUUGUGAUUCGUCAAAAACCGUAAGCAGUAUUCUGGCAACUGAUACUGAACUGAUAGAGGAACUGUCCAGCCAAUGUACUCUAGAACGGAUAGAUGACUGCAGUAUACUUGAGGUACACAGUGCCGACGAUUGGACUCCGCAAUGCAAGUCUCGUCGAAGUGAAAACUUACUGAAGACGCCAUCAAAUGAUAAGGAAACCGCUUUGAAAUACUUGCAUCGUAAUUCUCGGGAACAUGAUGAAAAUAAUUCUCGUCAACAUUAUCACAACUCGAAUUGCUGGAAGAAACAACUGCUCCGACAAAAGUUUAAAACAAGAUGCAGCAAAAAAGAACGUUGUAAGAAAUGCCGACGAUUUAGAACGUAUCCCAGCAUCCGGUACAGAUUUACGAAACGGUUGGAUUCGUUUCGGAAACAACUUUGGGUAAGAAUAUGUCGAAAAAGAUGGAAUCACGUAUGGAAGAAAACAGCAGAACGCUGGGCUCUGUGGUCAAAAUCGCCGUCGAAGUUGAAAAAAGUUCGCAUGAUGCAUUACCUACAACGUGCGAUAAUAUGGGAAGACGCUAAAGUACAAACAACCCUACUCGUCUUCAGGGAGACAGGCACUGGUACAGUUUUGAGGGAGCAAAAAUCUGCAGCGAUCUCCGCUUUGAUCAAAUUUGAGUCUAAUAAAUACUACGAUUUACCAAAUACGAGUAAAUCUAUGAGUAAAAAGUCAAGAAUAAAUUCUGGUCCAUCCAUGUUUCCGUUCCUACACAAUUCAAAAGAAAAAUUUCUCUUAGAGAAAAACAAGGACAAUUUUGAAAUGAUGCUGCAACAUUCUUAUGCUCCCGAAAAAUUUGCCACAGUCAAAAAUAACUGCAACAAAGAAGAAACAUUUGAUAACAUCAUCAAUAAAAUUGCAACAAGUACAAGUCCAAUAUUUAUUCAAAUAAAAAAUGACAUACAAAGUUCCGCAAAUCAUAUACAAUUACAAAUGCCUGCUUUGAUGGAUGCGGGAACUCAAAUGUACAUAGAUUACCACAAUGAAGAGACAGACGCUUUUCGGGACAGAUUUGCCAGUUCUGUUGCAACCGUUACCUCAAGUCAUGUGUUCCAUUCACCCUCAGCAGCUAAUACAGAAACAAAACAUAUUCAUGCAGAUAACAAUAAAGAUACAGAAUCGGAAAACAAAAUCAAGAAGUCGUAUGAUAUUGAAACACAAGCAGUGCCUACUCGACCUAUCAGAAUUUCAAGAGCUAUCACAACCCCACCAAUCGGGAGACGAGAUUGUACUGUAGCAGGUACAACCACAUCAGUUGAUGCCAUACAGAAGAAACAUUUUGCCGUUCAAGCGAUCCCUCUUACAACUACUUUCACAUAUACAAAGCCCAAGCUUUUAUCAAUAUCGUCUGCCAUGAUGAAAACUACUUCUGCAACCGUUUCAAAACAAGAUGUAACUACCGCAGGAGUUCCUGGCAACGACGUAAACUUAAUUGAAUCCUGCCAGGGCUUGACCGCUCCGUAUCCGCAGAAUUGUUUGUGUAAUAGAGCAGAUUACAAACCCUGUAAAAAUGAAACGAAAGCGGCCGACCGUUUAAACAGCAGCUCUUACAUUAUUUCGCAUAAUCCCCAAAAUUAUAAGCGGACUGUGAAUGCUGAUAUCUUCAUAACUAAAGAGGCUUUGCCAAUAUCUACUACACGGAAUGAUACUAUAGAACCUAUGAAACCAGAAAUAAAAUCUAUGACCUUAUUUAACAAUGAUUUCUUAGUUGGGAAUAAAUCUGUAAUAAUAGAUAUUGCUAAAAGUACUGAAGAAACUUGCUUAAGGAUGUCUAAAAAAACUACAUCACCCACUAAUACGGGAUAUUUAAUUAAAAAAAUAUCAUCUACUGGAACAUACACGAAAGGAGAUAAUCAAACCCUUGUCGGAUCAAUUAAUCAAACCUUGAAUGAAGCUAAUAAUAAUUUAGCUAAAGAAAUAAAAGAUUCAAUUAUGACAACUAAUGCUCAUUUUGAUGCAGAUGGUAGAUUGAAAGCACCCACAGGUCGAGAUGUUGAGUCAGCAGUAGAAGGCAGAAACCGUUCAACCACAUACACUGAUGUCCAAAUAGAAGCUCGCCCAAUUCUAAUUGAAAAAGCCACUGACUAUAUCAAUAAAAAGUCAUUUGUAGAAGAGAAAUCUGUAUCUACUCAAUUAUUGACCAAUUUUGAAAUGAACACUGGCCUUGUCGUUCAAGACGGAACAACGAUAAUACCCAGCAAAAAACGUUUAGUAGAAAAUAAAUCGAUAAGAACAUCCAUUUUAAAUAAUGUUGAAAACCAGAUUCCUCCAGAAUCAAUGGAGAAAAGUACUUGUAUUACUAAUAAUAUUUCAUAUACAUAUUUUGUUGAUUUUGGCGAUCAGUUUCAGCCAGAAUAUGAUGAACAAACUACAAGUAUCGACAAUAAACAUUUACUUAAAGAAAAUUCAUUAUCUACUUCCAAAAACGUUGAAGAAGAAACUACAUCAAUAGAUUAUACAACGAUACCCGCCAAUAAUAGAUCUUUUAUUGAAUCACAGACACAAUGCCAAACUCCACCUCAUUAUAUACAAGGAGAAUAUCAUCCUCCACCUUGCGUAAACCACAAUUUACUUAUGUCUGAACUGUUCUACAAACUGAACCAUACUGUGGACGAAAUGGCAACGCAAACUGAACAACACCACAACGAAGUUGGAACUACGCCAUCAGCUGCAUUACCGAAACCGUGUCAACUCCCAAAAUUUGCUACAGCGGUGCCAACACAGACAUCUGAGUCUUUUAUAAACAAAGUUAAGGAUACAGAACCAUGUCGAGGAUGCGCAUGCGCAGCGCCAAAGUAUGAUUGUGGAACUAGUACAAAAGCAUCAAAUCUGGCGUGCGCAACGCAGACCUCGCCACAUCAAAGGAAUAAGGAAAUUACAAUAUCUGCAUGCAAUCAAAUCUGUUCGAAGCCGUCCAGGAAACAAAUUCCAAAUAUACACGAUCCCAUAAACGAUAAAAUAGUAUCUUUAUCAAGAUUGAUCGGUCAGCGAGAUGCCAAUACAGAAAACAAUUCCCAUCGCCAUCCAAGUUCUAUGCCGUCCAGUGCUUUGAAUGCUACUAAUUGGAUUAAAACAUGUGCGUCUUUACAAAGAAGGGAAUACGCCUGUCAGUCUGUGGAAAAUUGCGACAAAUCAAUCCUGGAGGAUUUAAAACAUCUUAACUCUGAUAUGAUAACUUCCACCAGUGAGCCGUAUAACAAAAUUAAUAAUAAACCCGUUAAACAUAAAGAUUUCGUUAUAUCUACACUGCCAGCAUUUACUUUAUCAAGAGACAGCUUAGCAGAUGUUCUUCCAAUUCAAAAAGUUGUAAAAUGCAUCUCAUCAACGGAAAUUCCAAGUAAAGAUCCUAUCAUGGUUGACCAGGCUACUUCAGAUGUAGUGAACGUAAAAGAUGUGAAAGAAUGUACUCUACAAGCUUGUCCAGAAAUAUCGAAUAAAGCUACUGAUUUUCCGGUGUCCGAAAAUCGCAAGUCGGCAUGCGUGUUGACGUCACGAUGUCUUCUUCCAACGGCAGCGCCAUAUUGUUAUCCUAACAGCUUCGACCAAGUUCCGAAAGAUUGUGUUUUCAUUUAUCGAGAGCCUCGUUGUGUCGUUUAUAAUCAACAAACGGAUGCAGAAGUCCAAAGAAAACCAUCAAACAAAGACGUCGAAGUGGAACCUAUAGACAUACAGCAUCAGACACACGUGUCAGUGGGCUCAUCCAUACCGUCUGGCAAGCCAAUAUGUUAUCACAAGAAGAGCACUGACAUUGCCGGAGAAGUUUUAUCACCAAGAGUUUACAAAGCACUUUACGAAACAACGAAGUUAGUGUUUAAAGAAGACUUAAGUCAAUCGUUACCAAUAAAUUACCUUCAUCAACAACCCUCAUUUAGAAACGCUGCUAUAAAUUCUAAGCCCCUCAAUACAGAUUUUAAGUUCACGAUGGUUCAAAAUCCUGAAGUUCGCUCUGCCACCGUGAUGACGACACAAUGCAAAAGUUUACAAAAAUCACGGCAUUUCGUAGACCAAUCUACCCAGCCGGACGACGUCGAGACUAAGGAUCGAGACGUUGACGUCAAUACUCAAACACAUUCGGCGUGUCGGGUGUCCUUUACGGACGUAACGGCUGAGAAAGAUUGUUCAGAAGAUUGUGUGAAGACUCAUUUGGCAGCCUCCUGUCGCUACUACAGCAACUUGCUAACAAAGCAGAUUGGUCGAGUGAAGGAAAACUUAACAAGACACUUAGCGCCACCUACCGACACCACGUAUCGAUACAACCUCCGCCUUCCGAGAGUAGAAGCUUGUACUAUGAAACCAAGUGCGCGCCAAGAACUCGGCUGUCAAACUAAUAAGAUAUGUAGAUAUUGCGAUAUCAAAAAACCCACGGCAUAUUUAUUAUCGCCUACUUCAAGCUUAACAGAUAUCUGUCGAUACGAUAGGGAACAUCUCAAAUCCGUUUAUUACAUACUAAGCGCAAUUGAAGGGAGAAUUCGUAGACUGAAAGCGAACGUGCCUACUUAGUACUGGUCGUGAUUACUAGAUGUCGCUGUUUGUACAAGUGCAAAAAUCCAUGUGAAAAAAUUGAAAUGUCCAAAUUGCAAAAGUUGUGAUAAAAAUAAACUACGUUGAUUACA